UACACGGAACAACGUUACAACUAACGCAACACAACACAUUCUUGAUACAUAAUUACAUUUACUUGAACAAAACACAACUCUCUCUCCCUCCUCACAUGACUCGUCCUUUCAGGCUCUUAGGCGCCGCCAACUCCUCGGCCACUAACGAGCAGCCACCUGAACAAGCGGCAACUGUCGACUCCGACUUCGUCGUAAUCCUUGCAGCUCUCCUCUGCGCCCUUAUCUGCGUGCUCGGUCUCAUCGCUGUCGCACGCUGCGCAUGGCUUCGCCGCCUCUCCGGUGGCUCUGCCUCCAUCCCCUCAGCUUCAUCCCGUCCUACUCCUCCUGCAAACAAAGGCCUCAAGAAGAAGAUCCUCAAGUCCCUCCCCAAGGCCACCCUCUCAGCUGAAUCCUCUGCGAAAUUCUCUGAUUGCGCGAUUUGCCUGACGGAGUUCGUGGUAGGGGAUGAAAUCAGGGUGCUGCCGCAGUGCGGCCAUGGCUUCCACGUCGCCUGCAUCGACACCUGGUUGGGGUCUCAUUCUUCCUGCCCUUCCUGCCGUCAGAUUCUGGUAGUCGCUAGGUGCCACAAGUGUGGGGGUUUGUCCAGUCCGGGGGCUUCAACUUCUGGAACUGAGACUGAGGCCAGAUUGAAGGAGCGUGAAGAUGAUGUCAAUAGGUUCUUGCCCUAGCCAGCCCCUCAGUCUCAAGGGUCCUCAAUUUUUUCUUUUCAAAAUUUCAUAGCUUAUUAAGUUUGGUUAAAUUUAAUUAGCUAAUUACCUGCUAAAUUAUCACUACUGCUGCUACUAGCAUUUAGGUUUUCAUUUAUUCGAAUUUCUAUGCAGUAGUAUGUAUGUAAAGUUGAAGUAUAACUAUAUAUGUAUGUAUCUUGCAUGUUGAAUAUAUAUAUAUAUAUAUAUUUGAAUAUAUAUAUAUAUAUAUAUAUUAUAUACAGAAAUCGGAAUGUCAGAUCCUGCAAGAACAAUGAUUGUAUUACCCACACAAAAAAGAAUGGUUCAAGAAGCACCUUUUUUUUGUUCCCUUCCGUUUGUCAAUUCAAUACUUUUCUGGAACUAAAAACCCAGAUGCCAACACCCGAAUCAUAACCAUGAUCAAACAAAUUGCAUAUUGGUAAUUCAUAGAUGCUGUCUGAGAUGAUCCAAGCUAUUUUCUGAACUUAAAGUAUGGCAUGUUGGCUGUUGCUGAUAUGCUUCGUCUUUUUGUUCUGUUCGUACUUUGGUUCUUCACUUUUCUUUGGUGAAAGUCUGUUUCUUCGCUUUUAGCAGAUCACGAAUUCCUUUGGCGGUGGUCCUUUCAGAGUAAAGUGUUAUUAAUGCAUGCUCUUAAGUUGUUAGUUAUGUCAAUCUAAAAUUCUCAAUUGGUAUCUGUAUUUCCUUGGAAAUUUUACCCGUAUUAGAAUUACUGGAAAUAAAGAAAAUAAAUACUUAAAAGGUAAAGUGGGCCAUGGAAUCGGUGAAAAGAAAUGGGACCGUUCAAAAUGCCAGGAGGGGGGAGGUCCAUCUAAGGUGAUGAAGAGAAGAGGAGAAGAGAAUCUAAAGGUAGCACAUGUCGAAACAUGGGUGUCGUAUCAAUCGCAGGCAGCACGUCGCCUGUGAGAGAGGACCGUUGGUCGCUUUUGAGUAGGACGAUCCAAUCUGAAAGGAAAAGUUUUUGACUUUUGACGCUGAUAUCAGUCAAUCUUUUUUGUUUUUCUUCAGCACUUUUUAUACUACCUGAUUAGCAAUACAAAGGAGGUUGAUCAAUGUAAACAAGUGGUUUUGCCUUUUAUAUUAUUUUAGGAUUGGUGGUUUGGCCCGUGGGUCUGGGUGUUAAGAUUCUUGUUGCGCGACCACUUUCUCUUCACUGACUACGGGUUAAAGGCACAAAAAU